AUGGGCGAGCUGGACUCGGGGGACUUUGACUACAAUCUGGAAGCGUUGGAAGCUGAUCUUGCAGCGGAUAGAGUCUCUGGCGCCUAUCGCUCUCACCACAAUGGAACAAUGUCGGCUUCAUUGCCGGAACUGGCCUUUCCGUCGCCUCCCACAACGCCGUCGGGAACUACAGAUGGCGCCGCGUCGACCCCGGAGCAGGAUGGGCCGUGGGGCCCAGAGAAGAUCCGGGCAAGGCGGUACCUGGCACUACAUCAUGCGGUGUAUCUUUGGCUGGAGCGUGUGGUGCGAAGGUCGGGAAAUCGGCUCGUCUCGUCGUCGCUCUUCACUGCGCUGCAUGAUGGCCUGGUGCUCACCGAACUGGCGUACCGAUAUGCUCCGCGGCGAGUCGAGUCGCGCAAGAUUGUUGUCUGUCCAGCGUCGCGCGCAGACCGGCGCAACAACAUCAAGGUCUUUCUCCGGUUCUGUCUCUCGCUGGGCUUCAAGUCGGCUCGGCUGUUCCACGUCGACGACCUGUACCUGCGGUGGGACAUGGAGCGGGUGGUCAAGGCGCUUGCCUACGUCGGCGCUCACCUAACGGCAAAGGGCUUUGCCCCGCCGUUCUCGCCGCGGCCGGCGGAGGACUACAUUUUCCCGGCUCCGGCGCUCCGGGCGGCCGUCGCCUACCUUGCCGAGGUUGACACGCACCGCGAGGACUUGGCCCUUGGCCGCAAGUACCUCGACGCGCGCGAGCGCGAGCGCGACCGCCGCCGCAAGAUGCGGGCGCAAUCGCCCGAGGACGCUGGAGGGCUGGAUCCGGCCGGUGGCGACUCGAGCGUCGCAGCCGCGGCGGCCGAGCAUGCCGAGCGCACAGAGCUUGAGCUCGUGGCGCGCGCAACCAAGGCGCGGCUGAACGCGGCAGCAGCUGCCGAGGCCGAAGCUGGCGGCGGGAGCGGAGAGGCCAAGUCGAGGCGGAAGAAGAAGCGGCGACAGAUGUUGCGACGGAGCGAGACUGUGGACACGCUGCUGUCGACACCGCUCCCACCGCCACCCGGACCACCGCCUACUGUCUCUGUCGUCGCCUCGUCGACUUCAUUCUCUAACGCACAGUUCCCGGACGACGUGGCGUCGCCGCAAGUCGGCCAGCUCAACGACUCGCUCGGCCUCCCGCUGCUUGACUUUGACGCGCUCACACUCGAGCCGCCGCCGCGCGGGCGACGGCGGCGGGGGAUGAACCGCCAGUCAACGUUUGCCGACAUCGACUGCGGCGGCGAGGUGCUCAACCUCAGCACCAGCGGGAGCAUCGCCGCGCUGGACGACGGUGGCGAGCUCGAGGAGACAGAGGCUCCAAACAGUGCAGCUGCAAGCGAGACGACCGACUCGCAAUCUCAGGCUAUGGACGAGAGCGGGAGCGAGAGCGAAGGCGCAACUGCCGAGCUCGGCGACGACGACAUCGGGGCGUACGUUGUCGCCAUGUACAGCUUUGAGCCGAGGUACGAGUCGCAGCUCGCGAUGGCGCCAGGCGACAAGUUUCAGAUCCUCGAAGCCGAAGCCAUCGACGGGUGGUACUCGGUGGCGCAGGUGGUGGCGCCUUUUGGUCAUGGAUAUGUUCCGGUCUCGCGGGUGACGCCGAUCAUGGGCUUUGUCGCCGGACACGGUUCGGUCUCGGACGAGAAUGAGAGUCCGGAGGCUGACAGCCGCGAGGCCGAGGGCCUGCCCCAGGCCGACGCCAAGGUGGCGAUGCGGAGCAAACUGCAAGACCGGCUAGCGUCGAUGGGCUUUGUGCACAAGGUCGCGGUUGACCCGCACCUCGAAGAUGUGUUUGACAUCCGCAAGGAGAUUGUGGCUUACGCCGGCGAGCUUGUUCGCCCGGCAGCGGGCGCAGAGCCCGUUCUUGAGGCAGGAGCAGACUCGAGCGCUCACGGCUCCGAGGUCUCGGUCCCGUCGGUGAGUGAUGUCGGCAGCGACGAGCCGCUCGACGCGUCGCUGGUGGUACUCGAGGGCGACGGUGGCGGCGACGUAGUCGGCAAUGGCUCGCUGGUCCUGCUGGAGAGCGAGGACGGGAUUGUGUUGCUCGACGACGCCGAGCUGAUGCGGCGGAUCGACGACGGAGUCGGCAAUGACUCGCUGGUCCUGCUGGAGAGUGAGAGCGGGAUUGUGGUUGACGAUGACAAGCUCGGGGUCGAUGAUCUGCUUCUCGACUCGAACGGUGAGUUGCUCGACGACGCCGAGCUGAUGCGGCGGAUCGAGGACAUGGAGUCUGGCGACAUUGAUCUGGCUGGGCUCUCCGACUUGGACACCGACGACGAACUCGGGCUCAUCUGA